GUCUGGUUGCAAAAUAUUUAACCAGUCUCUCGCUGGAUUGUCUCCUAAUGUUAAGUAAGUGAACAGGGAGACUCUUUAAAAAGAGCAGAAUGGCAACCAACUGAAAAGGGAAUAGGCUGGAAAAAUGAUGGCUUUAUCCAAUUAGUUUGUACAAGGUGUGUCCUGGUUGAACCAGUUUUAGAAAACAAACAUUUUUCCAUUUGACAUAAUUUAACAGGUUCACCAUUUCAAAGGCUUGACCCACGGCAUUCUGUGUAGUGUCAGUGUUCAGUUUUCGUGACCGAACAGCAUGGGUUGAACAGAAGACUUGCUUAUUGACCUGUGGCUGCUAAUCCUGGCUUGCAGUCAAGGCAUCAGCUUUGUGAGCCGAGCAUUCAGUGCACGGAGGCGAACAGCAGCUUCAGGCAGAGACCAUUUGUUACUUUCCUUUGGAGGCUUUGAAAAAUGUGUUAAAUUGACCUGAAUUCGUGAAGAGGGACCUCAAGACCUGGUAGCAUGCAAAUACGGAACAACUGGGAUUCUGAAGGAAGGUCAUUAGUGACUGAUUAUUUUCUUGACCUUGUAGCUGUACCAGGAUCUGUCAGCAGAAGAGCUAAGCCAGCUUGCCUGUAGCGCAGCAGCUGUUUAGUGUGGGGUUUGCGUGAAGGAGGAGGUCACCCGUGGCCAGUCUGAGCAACACCGUGCAGUCUGUGCUGGGGGGAGGAGCCCACAGCCUUGAGGAAAUGUGAUUAUAUCAUGAGUUCCCGCCGAGCUGCCCCCUACAGGGAACAACGCAAACCUGUAGCUCCUUCCACGCUCCACCCUGCUUGGCGGUUUGCAGUUAUGCACCUUAAGCCAUAUCCCAAGUUUCAAAAGAAAGAGCUGACGUUGGAGACAAGCCAAGAUAACCUAAGAGGCCUUCUCUCAAGCCAGCAGGGUGCGCCGAGGACGGACAGACGUGCAAACACCCGCAGCACACAUCAGCCCUGCACCCCGGGGGGCGCGCCUAGUAACGGGACAAGCUGUCGGCGCUCUUUUGGAGUGCAAGCCGCUCGUGCUUUCUGCAGCAGCCCCAGCUCCAGUUUCGGUGCUGACACUCCCUGUUUCCGGGGCAAGAGCAGCAAGGUGCUCUCUGCAAACACUACAGAGCCCUUACUGCUGGUCUCCUCCACAUCCGAGCCAGACAGCUCCCUCACCUUUCACCAGGUGGAGGAAGGAGACGGCCCUCUGGACAUCUGGGCAGUGAUCAAGCCAGGGAACACCAAGGAGAAAAUUGCAAUCUUUGCUGCACACCAAUGCAGCAACACCAGUAGCAGCAGCAGCAGCAGCAGCAAUGUCACCAUCAGUAAUGGCAGCAGCAGCCGGACAGCCUCCAUGAAAAUUAAGGGCAGCUGGGAUGUUGAAGGUUCUGUGGCCAAACGCAGGAAAAGAUCGGCAGACCCAGACAAAUCCAAGGCCACAGAGCAGCAGUUACCGAGUAGGACAAGGGAUUGUGGAGCAAAGCAGAUGCCUGUGGCAGCAAUAAGUUGCCUGCCCUCUAAAGAUGGGGGAGAGCAAUCUUACAGAGUGAUCAAUCUUACCGAGGGGAGCAACAUGGAGGAAGGAGAGGAUGGAGGGAAAGCACUGUCUGUUGUUGAGAUGGUGGCUUACCUUGAGCAGAGAGCCAAUGCUCUGCACAUGGACUGCACCAAGUACAGCUCUGGGCGUAGCUCUGGGUCCAUUGCACCGUCAAAGGGAGGGCUGAUGACAGAGAAACAAGGCAGCAGUGCUGCAGAUGAUCAGAGGAGCCCUGAGGAGAUGCAGGGAGAGUGUGUUAGGGUGUUGGAGAUGGUGGCCAAGUUGGAGUCGGAGUGCCUGAAACGGCAGUGUGAGAGAGAGGCAGGAGGGCUGUCUCGGAGCAACAGCCUUCGCAGGAACGUGGGUAGGGUGUUGCUGACAUCAGGAGAGUCUUCCCCUGCUUCCACACAGCAAGAGACAGGUCAUAAACCCUCACCAACUUGCCAAGAGCCCCUGUCAAAAAACCACAACCUGGCGGAAUGUCCUUCUAACCCCCUGGCUAACAACAGUGGCAAAAAUAUAAGCCGUCCCGAUCACUGUGAAGGUGAACCUUUUGAAACCAUUGUUACAAUCUACAGAGAAAAGGGAUAUGGAACUAACAGUUCUGAGUUGACUACCAUUGAUAACAGAGUACAGAGCAGCUUGGAUACCAAUGAUCCAGUGAAGCAGGAACAGCAGGAAGGGGCCUGUGCCGCAGAGCUGUCCUUCGUUAAGGUGGUGGACCCGUGCAUUGAACCUGGAUUGCAGCCGGAAACGCGGAUGGAGAGCGAGCCCCACGUCAGUUACCGUGAGGAGCCGCUUCCAGGGAUGCUGUUUUUCAAACAGAGUUCAGCGCCAGCUGCUCAGAACCUGCCCUCACAUUCGGCACAGGAAAUUCUGCAGCAGCCUAAGGAUUCCCAGACCACCGCGACAUCCAGCGAUUCCAGGCGGGACCAACCCGGGCCCGAGGAAGUAUCAAACGCACGAGAAGAGGGGGAGGGAAGCUGUGUAGGUCAGGACCGCUUGCCUUUCCCUCUGAGACGGCUGGUUUCCCAUGAGUUCCUGGAGGCGCGGUUCAAGAUCCAGCAGCUGCUUGAGCCCCAGCAGUACAUGGCCUUCCUGCCACACCACAUCAUGGUCAAGAUCUUCUGCUUCCUGCCCACCGAAACACUCGCGGCCCUCAAGUGCACCUGCCAGUACUUCAAGUUCAUUAUCGAGAGCUACGACGUGCGGCCUGCCGACUCCCGCUGGGUUCGAGACCCGAGAUAUAAGGACGACCCUUGCAAGCAGUGUAAAAAGCGCUACGGGCGCGGCGAUGUGUCACUCUGCCGCUGGCACCAUAAGCCCUAUUGCCAAGCCUUGCCCUAUGGACCUGGCUACUGGAUGUGCUGCCAUGGCUCCCAGAAGGACACCCCAGGCUGCAAUGUGGGGCUGCACGAUAACCGCUGGGUCCCAGCCUUUCACAGCAUUAACAUGCCAAUCUACAAGAAAGUGAGGGACACUGAGGAGGAGACUUAGCAGGGUCCAGAGUGGGUGAUUUUAACCGAUUGGCCUUUUUGUGUGUAUGUGGGCGUGCACGCAUGUGUGUUGUAGAUUGUGACCAGGUUGCUGACACUAAUGAGGAAUCACUGGAUCUCUUCCAGUUAGUCCGGAUAAUCUGAAGAGCGGUUUUUCAUUGUAUGCGAACAUUUGUUAAACCGCUUAAAAAAUGCAAAACAUAAAGGUGAUUCUGCCAUUCUCUUCUGAAUCAGAGACAAGGUAAUUUUUAAUGAAUCUGUUCCUCAAAGAAUUGUUAGGACUUCUACAUGCAGAAUGCAUUUUUUGAAAUUUCCGGUACUAGCGCUUUUCUUCUUUCAGAGAGCAUUAAUUUAUGAUUAAGAAAUUAUCUUUUCAAUGAUGCUUUAAAGCCUAUGUUUACAGAUGGAUCUGACAAUUAUUUCUGAGUAGGUCUUAUAAUACAUUGACUACUAAACCGUAUUUGUUUUCUUUGCUAUAAUCCUGUGCCAGAUGUUGCAGCAUACAAAGUAUGCUGCAUGUUUUACUUGGUUCAGAUGCAUUGAAGGAAGAUAAAAGGUUAGAAAGUUGAAUAUCCUUACCUGGUAUAAAUGGCAUGAACAUUUUUUAAAGCCAUAUAGCAUUCAAGGAUUUCUGCAGUUAUUUCUUUAUUCAAACUUUACAUGCAAAUGACCCUUUUUAAAGGAUUUGUAAUGUGAAUUUAGCAUUUUUUUUGCUUGCUUUGUAAAACAAUAUAAUAUAAUCUGCUUACAAUUUCAAACAUUUUCUUCUAUUAGGGCCUGUCCUGACCAGUGAUGGCGUUGUUAGUGUGAGAACCUGCGUUUUUUUUUUUUGAAUGGGACAUGUUUCUAACCCUGUUAUGUUUACAUUGUAUAUAAUACUGAAUCAUAUCCAUACAGGGUAAGGAAUGAUGCAUGCACAGUACUUGAGAAAAGAUCUACCUUCAGUGGGUAGAAUUCCUCAUUUUACCCCUGUUGUGGAUGUAUUUAAAAAUAAUCCAAGUUGUAAAUAUAGAUUACAGAGCUGGCACAGCCACCUAACCUCUACAAUGCAGCUAACGUAGCCUUGCGACAGUAAGCGAUUUUUGUGUUUUAUGGGUAUUUUUAAAAUGUUAUUAUCCCAUGUAUAAUAAUCCUAUGUUUCUGAAUGGAAACAUAAAAAUGGAGAGGGUUAUUAACUUGGUUCCGUUCUUUAUAAUGGCUUAAACUGGAUGCAUUCUGAAAAUGAGGAUUUAUUAAAUGGACGGUUAACAGAUUGAGGGCAAAACAAUUUUAAAGCAUUAUUGUAUAAUGACCUGUUAUAAGAACAUAAUUGUUCCUGCCUUUAGGGGCAUUUUACUUCAAUAAAGUGUGCAUUCUUAGGUCUUGUCAGCUAUUGUUUUGGUGAUGCUUUAUGCUUUUUUUCCUUGACAGUGUGAUUUUGUUGCUGAAAUUGUCAAAAAAAAAGGGUCAAGGCAAAAAACACUGGUGAAUUUUACAGAGAGGAUAAGCAUUAAAUUAAGCAGCUCCUGGGAGUCUUUCCUUCACUCCCAACAAAGAGAAGGAAAAGGCCUUAAUGAAUGAGGAGGGGGGGUGGGGGGGUGGCCUGAUGUCCCAGAAUGAAUCUUGAGGAUUUGACUUCAAGUCCUAGACUGUGGUCUGUUUUUCGAAGGAUAUUGAUGUCUAAAAUAAAGAACAUUUAAAAACGUACGUGGUGUUAUUACUGAUGAAGAUAAAUUAAAUGGAGAGGGUAGACCCACCUGCGUGAAGUAUUGCAUUCUUGCACAAGGGUUUCACUUUAGGUGACAUGACAGGAACGGUCUGACUUAAGUGGUAUUACAUUGAUCAAACUAUUCACUUCCCUUGAGCACAUCUUUGGAAAAACAGCCAGGACUGGGCAGAUGAAGUGAGUGACCUUCUUCCUCUCUGGGUUGAGGGUUAAAUACGAAGCUCACACUGGUGGUUAUUUUAUACCUCAGUAGGUGGUAGACCAAUACUUCUGUCUCCACAUCUUUCAUUCUGUCACUUAGAAGCACUCAAGUUAAUCACACUUUUUAAGAACAAUUUCCUAACUUUCCAGAUCUUGUCCACAAAAUGCAAAUAGGCAUUCCUUUUUUAAAAUUCAUAAUCCAUAAUCAACUGUGCAGCUCUUAAGGAGUUCACAAUUGAGAAUGAUGAAUAUCUAAAUAUUCCAGUCUAAAUGUAAAUAUCACUGUUUUAUGAUUGUUAUAAAGACGGAGUUGGAUGCAUAUUGUCACUUGUCUCAGAUAAAACAGGCCAGUCCUUUUUACUUUUGAAGUUCCCGGCAAAAAUAUGAACUAAGAUUAGUAAUUAUGUCUCUUGGUGUAAUUUUUAAUCUGUUUUGUACCACUAAAACUGUGUUGGGGAGACUUUGUUUUCAUGUUCCUUAGUACAGAGUACAAAAUACAACUUGCUCUACCUGUGAUGUAUUGUAAUUUUAAGAAACCCAUUUCUACCUGCCUAUCAGUUUGUGGCCUUAUUGAAUUCCACCUUAAUUGAGAUGAGCAAAUAUUUACACUGAAUAAGGAUUGUUAAAUAAAAAAGAGAGGUACCUGA